GUUCCCCUAUAUAUAGACAAUCACACGAGAACAAAAGGGAAAGAAAGAAGAAAGAAGAAAAACAAUGGCGAGAUCAAUCUACAACUCAUCAUACUUGGAAUAUAUUUCAGUCCCAAACCCUCAUCUCCUCUUCUUCAUCGUCGUCGUCUUCUUCGUUUUCUCUCUCUCCUGUUACUUGAACUACGAGUCCGUUCUCGAUGACGCCUUGAAUCAGCUGAAGCUCUUCGUCAUGCUCUCACCCGUCCUUCUCCUCCUCCUCCUCCACUUUUUCUCCGGCGGUCUCUCCUUCUUCGUGCCGUGGCCGGAGCAAGACUCCAUCCACCGCGCCGGUGGCUCGCCGUGGGGUGUCGCCGCCGUGCUCGCCGUCAUCUUGGUCAUGGUCUCUUACCAGUCUUACUUCCACGAGAGAUGGUUCCCCCUCGGGUCUUAGUAUGGUUUUUUUUGUCUUAAUUUGGUAAUUAACGAGGUUUGUUGUCGGAAAAUAUCAUGUGAAAAUAUUCGGUCUUUGGAAGGAGAUUAAGCAGAUUACUGGAAUAUUCUGGACAUAUGUAUGUAUGUAUGUAUGUAUGUAUGUAUGUAUGUAUGUAUGUAUGUAUGUAUGUAUGUGUUUGUGUAUGUAUGUGUUUGAUUUGAGGGUUAGGUUUUGUAUUUUUUUUUUUAAUAGUGAUUUAGAUUGGAAUCAUUUUGGUUAUUGGAUCUUCUUCUUUUUUUUUGUAUCCUUUUAAGGAUGAUGUCUGCUGCAAUGUAACGCGUCGACGUCUGUACUUGAUAAUGUCAUGGUAGAUGUUAACGUCAAUGUGAUCAUAUAUAUAUAGAUUGUUAUCUAUAUUAUAUUGA